AAACGAUUAUUCAACUCACAACAAUUAGAAUUAUCACCACUUAAAAGCUUCCAUUUCACACCGAAUUCGUAGCAAAAAAGUUAGGGUUCCAAAUUCCAAUCUCAGAAAUGGACGCAAGCACCAAGACGAAGAAAGGAGCUGGUGGAAGGAAAGGUGGAGGACCAAGGAAGAAGUCUGUGACCAGAUCCAUCAGAGCUGGUCUUCAAUUUCCAGUUGGAAGAAUCGGUCGGUACUUGAAGAAAGGAAGAUACGCUCAGCGUGUUGGUACUGGUGCUCCUGUUUACCUCGCCGCUGUUCUUGAAUAUCUUGCUGCUGAGGUUCUUGAAUUGGCUGGAAAUGCGGCACGUGAUAACAAGAAGAAUAGGAUAAUUCCAAGGCACGUGUUGUUGGCAGUGAGGAAUGAUGAAGAGCUAGGAAAAUUAUUAGCUGGAGUUACAAUUGCACAUGGUGGUGUUCUUCCAAACAUCAACCCUGUGCUUUUGCCUAAGAAGACUGAAAGGUCUAACACUGUUAGCAAGGAACCGAAGUCUCCCAAGCCUAAGGCUGGAAAAUCUCCAAAGAAGGCUUAGAUUUAGGUUUCUUAUGGUUGAUGUUUAUUUUGUGUGUAUAAUUCCGCUUUAGGUUGGUGUUUUGUAACUGGAAGGUGUAAUGCGUUUGAAGUGAUGUAAUUUGGAAGCCUCUGGCUUCUUUUUUAGUAUUAAUGUGAACUUUCAGUAGAAAUAAUAUUUGGCUUAAAUUGUCUAUGGAGUUUGAUUACAAUGUGUA